AUGGCGUUUUGCGAUUUGACGAGCAUAGCGAUUUUAUUUUGCGUCACAUUUUCCAUACACAACGCAGCCGGCGCUUCAAGUGCUAAUGGCGAUAAAGAACUUGGCGGGCGCAUUAUCAAUGGCACCUUGGCCAGCUUAGAUGCCACCAAACAUCAGGUGUCAAUCAGAAGGCGUAGUGUCGAUCAAUUUUACUUUGGUGCUGGACACAUUUGUGGUGGUUCGUUAAUUGAACCGAAUGUGGUGCUAUCAGCGGCGCAUUGUUUUGUGAAUCAAGAGAUCAAUAAUGGCUCCUAUCGUUCUGCCGUUGAGUUUGUCGUUGUUGCGGGUACUUUGGACCGUUUUGUGCGCACGGAAAAUACGCUCCACUUCGAUAUUGCGCGUAUCGUUUUCGGCAUAGAUGUUUUCAAUGCAUCCACAUAUGAGAAUGAUAUUGCGGUAGUGUUUUUAAAUGCCUCUGUGCCUGAGCGGCAUCCUACUAUUGAAACAAUUGAAAGAGCUAGAACGCCGGUAGCGGCAGGUACCGUCUGUCAGGCAACCGGUUGGGGACGAACCGAAAAAGGAACUUUGGCAUCUGAGUUAUUAUCGGUUAAUUUACCCAUCAUUGAUUUCAACACCUGCCGAAAUGAGAGUAACUUUGAUGAGGGUCUCGUACGCGAGGGUAUGAUCUGUGCUGGUUACAUGAAUGGCGAACGUGAUGCCUGUGACGGCGAUUCGGGUGGUCCGCUGGUCUGUAAUAAGCAACUGACCGGUAUUGUUUCAUGGGGCAUCGGCUGUGCUCAACCUCGUUUGCCUGGCGUUUACACCGAUCUUGUCUACUGGGCAAACUGGGUGGAUAAUGUAACGGAAAGCAGUGGAAUUGUAAAUAACGGAACGAGUACUGGUAAUAGUACUAAUACGGGCGGUAACAGCACGAGACCUGGUAACAGCACUGGUUCUGGUAAUAGCACUGGUUCUGGUAAUAGCACUGGUGGCGGUGGUAGUGGUGGUAGUGGCGGUAGUGGCGGCGGUGCUAUGUCCACCUUCACUCAUUCUGCUGUGAUGCUAACAAUGGUGGUCGCUUGGACUACAGUGAUGAGUUAUUUCUGUUAA